CUGAAGCUUCAAAUUCAUUUUACAAAGUGAUCGUUUCCCGUAUAUUCAGACCAAGCAUAUUAAUCUGGAGGAAUUGAGAGCUCGUCCCCUUUAUCUUUUACUGAACCCGGUGCAGUCUGUUCAAACAGUCAACACCACUGCACAAAUACGUUUUACUCAAGUGAGAAUCAUUAUUAGUGCCUCAUACAUAAUAUUAUUUUAUAUAGUUGAGUCGAAAAAUUGUGAAGACAAUAUCGAUUAAUAUUACUUCAUAGUUUUGUUAUUAUUUUGUUUUCACUUUGCUUGUUGUUCUAUUACUUAGUCAUCAAAAUUUCAUACUUUCAUGUAGAGUGCCUUCUUGUUUUCGUCAUGAUAAACUAUCUUUUCAAAUUUUCAACUCAAUUAAUUUAAAUGCUUUAUUGCUAGAACAUUUUAGUGAAGUUUACAGAAACAAGUUUGUAUGCUUGCUACUUCAUGUUAGUUAUGAUAUAUUGUGAAGAAACAAACAAUAAUGACGAUAGUGUACUAAUAAUUUAGCCAAGUCAUAUCAAAUUCCGCUACAUUCAUUCCUUAAUCAUUUCCAAAUUUCUCUGUACAUCGGGUUUUUAAACUUUCCUUUCCAAUGCUACGUUGUGUGAAGCGAAAAUCAAGUAAGAGUAGGACACCGGUGACCGGUAGUUCAAAUGAAAGAGGCUGUUCCACAUUACCACGUAUGUUUCAUCGGUCGGAUAGUGAAGAAGAUAUUUCAGAAAAGCCGUCAUCUUCAUCUUCCAAUAGGUUAACAAGAUGGACGAUGGAAAAGAAAUCCGCUACAUUAACAGCUGGCUCCACAUUAUCUUCUGGAAAUGAGACGAAAUCAAAAAGCAAACCUUUCACAUUUCUGCGUACAUUAUCUUUGGGUUCAUUAUUUUCUCCCUCAAGAAAACGUCGAAAAGAUGAUUCAACUACCGCUUAUUCUUCAGGUUUAAUGUCACCUGAUGUAGAGUUACAAACAUUAUCAAAUGAGUCACAGACUAAUAUUCAACAAAGACAAAAUGAAACUGAUGUUAGUCCAUCAGAAGGAUCCCUAACACCAACGGCUGAUGAAACCUAUAGACCUCAGUUUUGUAAGCAAGAGUUAUACUUAGAGAAAUUAACAAGAGAUGCCUAUAACUAUCCAAGAGACGAGACAAAUAAAACUCCAACAGAUGAAAACCCACAUAUUGUAUCUGAGGGAAAACAUUUGAAAAGAUAUCCAGAUGAUCAGCACGAUUCAGGUAGAAGUUCAACCAGAGAAUCAGCAGAUGUUUCUGUAGCAUCUGAAGGACCAAAAAAGAAACCAGCCAUAAAUGGUUUGCCUAUUGAACUUGAAACGAAAGCAGCACCACCUGAUAAACAUUGGCAAGUCUUACCUAAUUCAAAACAAGGUGAUAUUAAUCAAAGUUUUCUACGAGCAGCUAGGGCAGGAAAUUUGGAGAAAUUACGUGAAUUACUCAACAAAAUAACAGACAUCAACAUCUCGAAUACUAACGGACUGAAUGCGCUACACUUAGCGUGUAAAGAAGGUCGAACUGACGUUGUAAAGGAAUUAUUAUCACAUGGCGCGUCAGUUUAUAUGAUCACAAGAAAAGGCAACUCUGCUUUACAUAUUGCUAGCCUUGCAGGACAUCUAGAGAUCGUAAAAUUGUUAGUUGACCAUGGGGCUGAUAUAAAUGCGCAGUCUCAAAACGGAUUUACACCUCUUUACAUGUCGGCUCAAGAAAACCAUGUUGAAGUUGUUCAGUACCUUCUGGACAAAUCUGCUAAUCAGGCUUUAUCAACGGAGGAUGGUUUCACACCACUUGCAGUGGCACUACAGCAAGGACAUGAUCGUGUUAUAAGUCUGCUACUGGAAAGGGAUUCUCGCGGAAAAAGUCGCUUACCCGCUCUACAUAUUGCUGCGAAGAAAGAUGAUGUUCAUGCUGCUAAAUUGUUACUCAAUAACAGCGAAAUAAAUGUGGAUCACACAUCGGCUAGUGGAUUUACUCCUUUACACAUUGCCGCUCACUAUGGGAAUGUUAAUAUAGCUAAGUUGUUGAUUGAGAAAGGAGCGAAUAUUAAUUACCAGGCAAAAAAUUGUAUAACACCGUUACAUGUAGCUGCUAAAUGGGGAAAGAACGAAGUUCUAGGUGAAUUGAUACUAGCAGGAGCUGAAGUAAAUAGUCGUACGCGAGAUGGACUAACACCUUUACACUGUGCAUCUCGUGCGGGUCAAACUGCUACGGUGGAAUAUUUAUUGAAAAAUGGAGCUGAUCACACUUUGAAAACAAAGAAUGACUUGACGCCAUUGCAUUUAGCUGCACAAGGUGCUAAUGAAAGUGUUGUACGAUUACUAUUGCGGAAUGGUUCUAAUCCGGAUGAUGUGACGAUUGAUUAUCUCACCCCUCUACAUGUUGCAGCUCAUUGCGGUAACGUGGAUGUGGCUCGUGCUUUAUUGAAUUCCCAUUGUAAUGUUAAUGCAAGAGCUCUGAAUGGGUUUACUGCACUUCAUAUCGCAUGCAAAAAGUCACGAGUUGAAAUGGCUUCAGUUCUUCUUAAAUAUGGCGCUCUACUUGAAGCAGCCACGGAGACUGGUCUCACUCCAUUACAUGUGGCUGCAUUUUUUGGGUGUACGGACAUUGUCUCAUUUCUUUUACAACAUGGUACGAAUGUGAAUCAAACAACGUUGCGUAAUGAAACUGCACUACAUUUAGCGGCUAGAAAUAAACAACUGGAGACAGUGAAAACUCUUCUUGGUUACCAGGCAAAUUUAGAUUGCCGUACAAGAGAUAAUCAAACACCCUUACAUGUCGCUGUCCGUACAAACUAUCUGCCAAUUGUUGAAUUGUUAUUGAAUGCUGGGUCUGAUCCUAAUAUAAUGACAAAAGAUAAUUAUACACCAUUACACAUGGCUAUUAAAGAAGACUCAGAAGAUAUUGUUAGAAUAUUGAUUGAGCACGAUGCUAAUCCGGAAGUUAAAACAAAGAAAGGAUUUACACCCUUACACUUAGCAGCAAAAUAUGGUUCAUGCAAAACAGCUCACUUGUUAAUGGACAGAGCAAAGUCUGAUCCGAACGCAACUGGUCCCAAUGGCUUCACGCCUGUACAUGUGGCCACAUAUUACAAUAAUAACAAAAUGUUGGAUAAAUUGACAGAAUUUGGAGGUGAUGUCAAUCGACCUGUUAAGAAUGGCUUUACACCACUUCAUCUGGCAGCCAAACGAAAUAAUCUAGAUUCAAUCCAUUUAUUAGCAUCUAAAGGAGCCGUAACUGAUAAGGGUUCAAGGAACGGUUAUACACCACUUCAUUUAGCUUCACAAGAUGGUCAAAUCGAAAUAGUUAAAGUUCUUGUUGAAAAAUACAAAGCUCAAGUGAAUACUGCAGCCAAGGAUGGUUUAACACCACUACAUUUGGCGGUACAGGAAGACAAAGCUAACGUAGCCGAAUAUUUAUUAAGUUCAGGCGCAUCCAUUGAUACGAAGACACUGAAAGCUGGGUUUACACCACUACAUUCAUCUGCUUAUAGGGGACAGCUCGCCUCUGUUCGUCUACUUCUAUCAUGUGUCCCUGAACAUCAACUUCAGCAAGUUAUAAACAGUCGCACUCAUAUGGGUUCAACUCCACUGCAUUUGGCAGCCCAACAAGGUCAUCUACAAGUAGCUCUAAAACUGAUUCAAAUGGGAGCUGAUGCAAACAUUUGUAAUAAGCAAGGAUGGACAGCAGCAAAAUUAGCUCAUAAGCAGCAUUAUUUGAACUUGUUCGAAUUGUUGCAAUCAGUUACAACUAAUGACGGUGACGGAGGUUUACCUAGUUCAAAUGGAAUAGAUGAUAAUGUAAAUCUAAUCCACGGUGUAAUGCCCUUAGAAAAAGCGGAAUAUAUGACUGAUCAUAUGAUCUCAGAUAGUGAAGAUGAAGCCGACCUUUUAUGUACACCAGCAAUGUUUCGAUAUCCUGAACAACGUAAAGAAACGUUAGAUGAACCAGCAGAUAACGAUAUAACAUCAAUUCCAAGUACACCAACUUUGGAUAAUAAACUCAUAUCAAUCCGCCCAACAACACUGCGUAUUCCUGAAUAUUUAACUGCCUUAGGAGGUGAAACUCUUUGCUCUGGUCUUCAUGAAAGUAUGACCGAAGAACGUGUGAAGCCAAUGCUCAAUGGAAAAGGUGAACCAGCUACAGCUUCACAACAGCCAGUUCAGAUGACAAUUAAUGCAUCUUCACCUGCCGCUCUAUCAGAAUGGGAUUUCGAUGUGGAUAAUGUGCAUUCGACGAAGAAUUUAGUUAAGUCGGGGUUUCUUAUCUCUUUUAUCAUCGAUGCUCGAGGUGGCCUUGUCGAAGCUCAAAGACGACCUGGUUUACGAUUUCUUGUACCACCUAAUGCACCAUCUGGACCACUACGUAUAAUUUGUCGUUUACUCCGCCCAGAAGCGAUUGACAAUCCACCAAUUUUUAAUGACGGUGAUUGCUUAGCCUGUCGGAUUAUUGAAAUGAAUCCAAGCCAGAUGCGCUUCAGUUUACCUAUACUUGUUGAGGUGCCUCAUAUAGCAUCUAUUAAAGGAAGAGAACGUGAAAUUAUAAUUGUUAGAAGUGAAACGGGAAAUUCAUGGAAAGAACACACAUUAGAAGCAAAUGAGCAGGCGAUAAGUGAUUCGUUCGGUGAUGCAUUUGAUCAUUCUGACUUGAAUACUUCAAGUCUUAACAAACGCAUUCAUCGAAUUUUGACCUACGACCUUCCACAAUAUUUCGCGUUAAUUUCGAGAUUUCGUCAAGAGGUUGCUUUCAUUGGUUCAGAUGGUGGAAUUAUUAGCUCCACCGUAGCACCACAAGUCCAAGCUGUGUUUCCUCCAGGAUCACUUCAAAAAAGAAUUAAAGUUGGCUUGCAAGCCCAAAUUAUUCCUAAUGAUGUCAUCAACCGUUUAGCGGAUGGUCGUGUUUCUGUAUCUCCUGUCGUAAGCAUUGAGCCAAGACGACGCAAAUUUCAUAAGCCCAUCACACUUACGAUACCGGUUCCACGUCAUUCAGCCAAAACUACAACAAACAGCUCACCAAAAGUUCGACUUCUAUGUAGUCUAUCUGGUGGAAUAAAUCCAGCCAUAUGGGAAGAUAUAACUGGUUCAACACCUAUGACACAUCAUAAAGAUUGUGUUUCAUUUACUACAACUGUUUCUGCUAGAUUGUGGUUGAUGGAUUGCCCACCUGAUAUUCCGGUUACAGAGCUAGCAACUCGCAUUUACGAUGAAAGCAUUGAACCACCGAUUUUGGGGAGAUUUGUUAUUUAUGCUCGUCAGUCGACCGAUCUAGAAACAGAAGUUGAACUAAAAACGCCAGAUAAACUACAAAGACAACUUCCUCAUGCUCAAGAUAUGAAGAGAAGUAUUUCACGCACCAAAACGUUUACAACCGAAUUCGCUCAAAUUAGGUGCAUUUGCCUGACAGACGGCAACAAUGACAAAACUCUGGAGUGUUUAGAACAUUAUUGUCAAGUUGCGAUCGGUCCAUUUGUAGAGAUUCAACAAAAUAAGCCUAUCUGGAUUGAAAUGGUUGGAAAUCUGGUACCAGUGUUAAGAUCUGAUGAACAGUUGAACUUUGCCAUUCGACCAUUCCAUGAUAACAGAAUUACAUUCCCAGUUCGAUUGCGAGACGUACUGGAUCAUGAACCAGAUUCAAGUACAGUUACUGGAAAAAUUGCAUUUGUACGUGAACCACGCAAAGCUCAAACAACUUUGGAUAUGACUAGCGCACAACAGCAACGUCUAAUCACUCUAUUAGAAUUCAAGCUACCAAUUCCAGAUAAAACUAUUGUGAUAGCUACAAGAGAUAAUCGUCUGGCUGACGCGCUCACUAAAAUAAAUCACUUUGACGCUAUUCCUCCAGUCAUGACUGACUUACACCCAGUAACGAUGAAAGAAGAAAGAAUAACUGAAACUGACGUCCUCGAGGGACGACCUAUCCUGCCAUUGGUUGCUAAAGAAAUUUUACCACAAGUAACAUUAAAUGAAGUACUGACAUAUCCGAGACGUGAAGCAAUAAAUAGUUCUUUAGACAUGAAAUAUCAGAAAAUGGAAGAAAAGAGAAAACAAGAAACAGAUACAGUGUUUUCUUGGUCUGAAAAUGCAUUUCUUUCGUCAGAUGAAGGUGUUUCGACCAUUUCGGCUUCUGGUGAAACAGAUGAUCUUCGUAAACCAGAAGCAGCAGUUUUACAGUCUGUUUCACAGGCUGAUGUUACAGACCAAGAAAAACUUCCUGUUGAUGUUCAUACUGUUCCAACCAUGUUUACUUCAGUUGAAAAUGCAUCAGAUCAGAUAUUAGCGUUAAGUCACUAGGACGACGUCACUGAAGAAAAACCACAUGUUCACUGGCAAGAAGCUUUGCUAACACAUUUGGAAUCAGUUGGCGUUCGUUUAGAUUUCCAACAAAGUUCAGUCAAUUAGCAGACAAGCAAAUCGAAGAACCAGAUAGUCAAAUAACAGAAGUUUUCAUGAAACCAAUAUCUCAAUAUGUUGAACAUAAAUCUACUUCAACUGACAGAAACAGAUAAAAUAUGUCGUACAAGAAUUAUUAGAUGCCAUUGGACCACAAUUUCGUCGACACUGCUUUAG